CUAAACUGAUGCUCCUAACAAAAUUGGUGCAGAGGAGCAUAUAUCCACAGAGAUGGCGGAUUAUAGUAAUAGGGAGGCAGGUCGGUGGCAGAGGGUCAACUUUCCGGCGAAGCCGCGGGGUUUUGGGACGGUGGUGAAGGCGAACCUGAAGGAGGUGCUCUUCCCGGACGACCCCUUCAGCGAAUUCAAGCAGGGCGGCGGGGAUCCAGCUUCCCGGUGGCGAGCGAUAAGUAAGGGAGUGGUUCGGUAUUUCGUGCCCAUCUUCGAGUGGCUGCCGAGGUACAACCUGAAGCUGUUCAAGUACGACGUUCUAGCCGGAAUCACCAUCGCCAGCCUCGCCAUACCUCAGGGAAUCAGCUACGCCAAACUCGCCAACUUACCUCCAAUCAUUGGACUCUAUUCGAGCUUUGUGCCGCCAUUGAUAUACGCGGUGUUCGGAAGUUCGAAGCAUUUGGCAGUGGGAACGGUGGCGGCUUCGUCGUUGCUCAUAGCCGCCACAAUUGAAGAAGUAGUGAAACCACAAGACAAUUUGGAGCUUUAUGUGAGCUUGGUCUUCACAGCCACUCUUGUCUCUGGUUUGGUCCAGACUCUUAUGGGUGUUUUGAGGUUAGGAAUAUUGGUGGAUUUUUUAUCGCAUUCAACAAUCACUGGGUUCAUGGGAGGAACAGCCGUCCUGAUAUGUUUGCAACAGUUGAAGGGCAUUCUCGGCUUGAAGCAUUUCACAACCCAUACUGAUGUCAUUUCUGUAAUUCGUUCAAUUUUCGCCAAUAGAAAUGAGUGCAAUUGGAAGUCAAUUCUUAUUGGAGUUAUCUUCCUGGCUUUCCUACAAUCAACUAGAUAUUUGAAAAAGAAGAAACCAAGACUAUUUUGGGUCUCAGCCAUAGCUCCAUUGCUGACCGUCGUUGUUGGCUGCUUAUUUGCCUUCUUUGCUCAUGCGGACAAACUUGGGAUCCAAACUGUGGGAGAGCUAAAGAAAGGAAUAAACCCUCUUUCCAUACAAAAGUUGAACUUUGAUCCUAAGUACAUAUCUGCACCUAUUAAAGCAGGAACCAUCACAGCCAUGAUAGCUCUUGCAGAAGGAAUAGCAAUUGGAAGAAGUUUUGCCAUCAUGCAAAAUGAACAAAUUGAUGGUAAUAAGGAGAUGGUUGCCUUUGGACUGAUGAACAUUAUUGGCUCUUUCACCUCUUGCUACUUAACCACUGGUCCGUUCUCGAAAACAGCGGUGAAUUACAACUCAGGAUGCAAGACAGCCAUGUCAAAUGUUGUAAUGUCCAUAUGCAUGUGUCUAACCUUAUUGUUCCUUGCCCCAGUCUUUAGCUACACUCCUCUUGUCGCGCUCUCGGCGAUCAUUGCAUCGGCUAUGAUCGGACUGAUCAAGUGCAAGAAGUUCUACUAUCUAUACAAGACAGACAAAUUUGAUUUCUUGAUUUGUAUGGUGGGGGCACUUGGUGUUGUCUUCAUUAGCAUGACCUACGGCCUCGCCUUAUCGAUAGGACUGGCUUUAGUUAGGGCACUUCUAUAUAUAGCAAGGCCUCCUUCCUGCAAGCUUGGAAAGAUGCCAGAGACUGGAGUAUUUUGUGAUGUUGAACAAUACCCAGGUGCAAUUGGAACCCCAGGCAUUUUAGUUUUGCAACUUGGUUCUCCAUUGUACUUUGCAAAUGCGAAUUACGUUAGGGAAAGAAUUUUAAGAUGGAUCAGGGAUGAACAAGACGUUUCGAAAUCUAAAGGACCACACAUUGAAUAUCUACUGCUAGAGUUUGGAGCCAUUACCUCAAUUGACAUAACGGGCGUUGAAACUUUGCUUGAAAUCAGAAGAUGUUUAGAAGCAAAAGGAAUUAAGAUGAUUCUGAUCAACCUGAGACUUGGGGUGAUGGAGAAGUUGAUACUAACAAAGUUUAUGGAUGUGAUUGGUAAGGAGUCUGUUUUCUUAUCAAUUGAAGAUGCAAUUGAUGCUUGCAACUUUGCAAUGAGAGCUAUUUCAAGUUAAUUCAAUUGAAAACCAAGCUUGUAUAUUGUAUGACAUAGGCCCAAAAAGUGGAGGAUAGGUGUCUUUUGUACAUAUGUUUUAUAAUUGAUGUCCAAAAGUUUUUAUUCUUCCUAUUCUUCCUAUUAUGCUUAUAAGUCAUAGAUAUAAUUUAUGUCAGUAUGUGUUAGUGCUAAUGUGUAGUCAGGUACGUAGAUUUUAUCUCCAAGCAUGUAUAUAUAGUCAUAUAAGUAUUAUAAAUUAAUAAUACUCCGUAUAUUUUAUGUCAAUUUAACUUUUUUUUAUCAUCAAAA